UAUGUAGCGGAGGGCGUUACCUUGCGCCGGUCCCUGGAGCGCGCGGGCUGCUCGGGCCGCCGGCCGGAAGCGCGGCGCCGCCAUGUUCGGUUGCUUGGUGGCGGGGAGGCUGGUACAAACAGCAGCACAGCAGGUGGCAGAGGAUAAAUUUGUUUUUGACUUGCCUGAUUAUGAAAAUAUAAACCAUGUUGUGGUCUUCAUGCUGGGAACAAUCCCGUUCCCCGAAGGCAUGGGAGGAUCUGUCUACUUUUCCUACCCUGACUCAAAUGGAAUGCCAGUAUGGCAGCUCCUAGGAUUUGUCACCAAUGGAAAACCAAGUGCCAUCUUCAAGAUUUCAGGUCUUAAAUCGGGAGAAGGAAGCCAGCACCCUUUUGGAGCCAUGAAUAUUGUUCGAACUCCGUCUGUUGCUCAGAUUGGGAUUUCUGUGGAACUGCUGGAUAGUUUGGCUCAGCAGACCCCUGUUGGCAAUGCUGCUGUCUCCUCCGUGGACUCAUUCACACAGUUCACACAAAAGAUGUUGGACAACUUCUACAAUUUUGCUUCAUCAUUUGCUAUUUCUCAGGCCCAGAUGACACCAAAUCCAUCUGAAAUGUUCAUUCCAGCAAAUGUUGUUCUGAAAUGGUACGAAAACUUUCAGAGGCGGCUAGCACAGAACCCUCUCUUUUGGAAAACAUAAUUUGAAUAAAAAGAUUUUUAAUGGAUCCUGAAAUUUGUCAUAUUUUGAAGAUAAAUGACUCCAUUUAAAAGCACCAAGUCAAAAGGAUCAUGAAGUCCUUUGAUCAUGAAGUCUGAGUUAAAAAACUGCUUAGUAACUGUGAAGUCUAAUGAAAAUCUUUAUAAAAAAUUAAAAAUGUUAAAUAAUGAAAAAUGUUCCUUAU